AUGGUCCUUCAAUCUUUCGCAACCCUUUCUCUCUCCCCCUCCCCAGGCCAUUUCAUCGCCGAGAUAAAGCACAUCUACUUCGUGGGCUUCCGCAGUUACAUGAUGAACGCCUACAACCUGAUAAUCUACGGCAUACUGGCGUUAUAUCUGGCCUCCUACACGCUGCGCACCAUCGUCUACGGCUGGGUGCAGGAUUCUGACCGCUUCUUCAAUGCCACCAACCGCAUUGAGGACCUCAUUCGACGCAAUGAGAGCAAACGUGUGAAAACCAUGGUGAUGGCCUGGAAGACGUCGCCGCAUCAUCAGGCCAGCUACUUCCUCGAAGCCUGUAAGUUUGAGCCUGACGAGAUGGCGGUUGAUUGGCUGCAAAAACAUGAGCGGAUUUCAUAUUGACCCAACUGUGAAAAACUCGGCGCCUCGGUGGGACUCGAACCCACGCAGUAAGGAGAAGGCUUUAGUACAGCCAACGCUCUAACCACUUGCGCUACGAGGCCACGCCGGGCGACGCGCGUUUAAUCACAUUUGGGUCAAGUUACCCGCCCAACCUACUGUAACGUCUGGAAUCCACGAAAAUUGAUACAGUAAGUUGACUGUCCAGACUGCAUUUCCUAAGUUAUUCACCCAGAAUCGACCAGAUGACUACCAGGCUCACGUAAUUUACAGAUGUUUUGGCAGAUUUUGAAUUACAUAAGCCUGGUAGUUAUUUGGUGGCUUCUAGGUGAAUUACUUAGAAAAUCCUGCCUGGGCAGUCAACUUACUGAAUCAGAUUUGGUGGAUUCCAGACGUUGCAGUAGGUUGGGCUGGUAACUUGACCCAAAUGUGAUUAAACUCGCGUUGUCCGGCGGAACCUCGUAGUUCACGUGGUUAGAGCGUUGGCUGUACUUCAGCCUUCCCCUUACUGCUUGGGUUCGAAUCCCACCGCAGCGCCGAUUUUUUCACAAUUGGGUCAAAAUGAAUUAUUCAAAAUCUGCCAAAACUUUCGUGAACAGCUCUUGACGCUCUUUGUUUGGCCCUUUCCUAACCAUGCUGUAAGGUGUUCUUUGAUUGGUUUGGACAAACGCCGGCUCUUUCGACCAAUAUAUUCUGCCCCCACAGGAGCAGGUGAGGGAGUAAAUACACAUGGAGGUGGUUUGGGCUGGGAGUUUGUUCCUGCCCUGUCCGUAUAGGAUGAGAGCAGCGUCUAGAGGUGCAUGAUACAGCUUGGGUUAGGCACUUUCGUAGAAAUUACCUUGGCGCGACCCCUUGAGACGGAACCCUGAGGAAAAGCCACCUCUCCUGCCGUCAGCGUUGGGGACUAUGGUGGUUAUUCGGUCAUGUACUUAGCAGUUGAAUGACUGCAAAAACAUGAAUGGAUUUGCCCGCCCUUUUUGUGCUAUUGUGGGUAGAUCCAACCGCAUAAUUACGCUUCCUGCGCAGCAAGUAAGCUACGCGCGGAAUUACAAAGCAACGCUGGUAUGUUAAAUUUUGCCGACAGGAGAGGUCGUGUGUUAAAAAGCGACAAAAGCGUAAAUUAGAGGUUCACAAUUUGAACUCUUCGGAAUAUGUACGUUUCGUCAAAGGAACUCGUCGGAUUUCAUGAUAAUAAAAGACAGGCCACAUAUCUUUAGGGAAUGCCUUCAAACUGCCUAAAUCCCGGCUGUACGUUUUGCCUAACUGGCCCUCUGUGCUGUAACAGGAGUAAACGUCUACGGGGUCGAUUUAAACAAAGCGGUGUCGCCAGCGUAAGAUGAGCGACUUUGUUCCUUUUGUGAUGGCAGAAUACCUCAACAGUGGACGCAAAAGCAGGCCUGUAUGAUUGACACUUUUGCAUUAUAGCAGUGUACUGAGCUAACGGGAGACGGUUCGUCGGGUGUGAGGCGAUCUUCUGGUAAAUCAAAGCUCAGAAAGGUUGGACACGGAGGCACGAACCCGCCCUCUGCUCCAUACAACAAUUAAUCUCGCGCUAAAUUUCAUAUGGUUCUUAUUUCCGUGGCUUAACUUUCAUUCAAACACUUACUCUACAGUAGGUGGGCUAACUCAAGAAAUGUCAACCGAAAUUCUGAAAUGCGUUUUAACUUCGAAAAAAGAUUAAUUAAGUAGCGUUGUAAAACUAGUCAGCUUGAAACAAAAUUCUAUAAAAUUGCAGUUACCUCAGGAUGCCAGCUUUCGAACAAACUUCCUUCCGGCUGCAUGCAAAAACUACACUCUGUAAAAAUGGCUACUUAUGUAGCAUGAAGUUUUAUCAUUGAUUUUGGAUGUCCCCUGACCCCAAACCUUUAACCCUAGCUCUGACAUUAACCAUCGCCCAAACUCGAACCCUCCACCUGGAAUUUAGAGCAGAGCAACCAGUAAGGCGUGGGUGCGCGAUUCUCUGCUCAACCUACAGAGAUGCAUAUGUCGUUCAGUGUCAGGUUUCUUAAUUCUGAGUAGAUAUUCCUGAGGUAUUUCUCGAGCUAAUAGACGCCUACUGAAAAAACGAUAGACUGGCAUUUUUUCAGCUUAUACUUUUUUACAAAAGUUAAGUUAUGCAUUGUAACAGUGAUUUUAGUUCAAUACAGUUAAGGAAAAACGUGCCAUUUCCAACUAAACGGUUUGAUAUUUUCGAAACGAGCUUGGAUUUAGCCUAUAUUAAAAGGGCAAAAGUGUGUGUGCGGAAAUGUUAACGCUCUGUUGCAUUAACUGACGACUAAGUGAAUGCCCCAAUGGUGAAAGUAUUUGAAAAAAAAGUAUUUAAAAAAGACAAGCAGAUUGCUAAUAGCGGUAAGUGAGUCAUAAAUUUGGAGCUAUCUGCUAGUAAUUGUCUUCGUAAGAAUUGUUCUUGUGAUUGGAACAUCCAACUUUCACAUGAAGUUCAAACAAAAGCGGGGCUCUGAGCUCUGAAGGGUUAUACUGCUUUCUAGAGUAAGUUCAGGCAUAUCAGUAUACUAUAUAGCAUUAUUUCUUGUAAUUAUAACCUCCAAGACAGACAGAGGUGCAGGUAGUCCUUGUGGAUGGGUAUCUCACAUUAAAUAUCGUGUUCAACGGUGGGGGUGCUGGCAGGUACGCAAUUGAGAUGACAGCAGGAUUGCUGGGACUCCUAGCUGUUGUCAACAGUCGGCGAGCAGUCUUUUUCAUGAUCCCUUCUUCAACCCUACUGAUGACGGAGCUCCUCAGGGAGCAGGACGAAACCUCGACCCACUUAGGGGUCCAUACCCGUAUUGCAACCCAUGAAUUCAGUAGCUCCACCUCGAUAGUGUACUCCUGAUAAUUAAUUUUAGCCGUAUGUGUGAGAGAGAGAAUUGGCGUUUAACCUCAACUUAAUGUGGACCAUUAUAACACAGAGAUUAACUUUAGAAGUUGGCAGUUCCCCGACCGUUAGCUGAGGUGGGUCGCUUGCCACGUACUAACUUCUCAGUACACGUUAACCGUGUCACCCUACAAGAAGGAUUACGUUUACGUUCUAGAGAAAACGACUCACAGGUAGAUGGUGUAAGAGGAAACAACUGCAGUGAGCGCCACCCCGAUGAAACGAGGGUUUCAGAGGCCUCCACAACAGCGCAGCUGUCCAACUUGAUCAAGAAUCUCAUGGUAUAGUGAUAUUCCAACCUUCUGGUGCGUAAAGUUUACCUACAGCGUCAUGUAUGAAGUUCACACUUCCGAAUGCACUGAUCGCUACUCUGGUAUAAAUUCGGAUUUAGUUCGGCCUGAACCACGAAACGCAAAAUGACUUCGUGAAAGGAAAUAAUGAUGUUACUAACCGCCGGUUGUGUCCUGAGUUUAUGAGUCCAUGGAGGACUUUAUACGUCAGCAGCGACGAUGGCUGCCUAACGGAACGAGAUAUCGUAAUCUCUGAGGUAGUUCCAUCACCUCCAUUCACUCAGGAAUGGGCGCACACCGAUCCAUUGGCUUCCCGAAGAAAACAAGCUUCGUAUGGGCGAUAGGGUUCACGAACAGGCAACCACCUACCAGGCCGAAGUCGGCCAAGCUAUGAUAGCAGAGGGGAGACGACAGAGUCUGGGAGUAGAUUAAUACAGCACUGUUUCGGGCUUGUUUGCCUUCAUUCAGCCAAUCAUAACCCUGACCACCAGCAGCUGGAACCAGAAACACAAACAAGCGCACAGACACACCUGGCGCAGCUGAUCCACCACUGGGGUCUACCAGAUGGGUCAUAAGCACUUCAUCGAACCGAAGUUCAUAAGUGCCUCGCCACCUGCCACUCUCUGUCGCUGCAAAUCGGGUAUUUAUUCACUCAGGAAUGGGCGCACACCGAUCCAUUGGCUUCCCGAAGCAAACAAACUUCGAUCUGCAGCGACAGUGGCAGGUGGCGAGGCACUUAUGAACUUCGGUUCGAUAAGGUGCUUAUGAGCCAUCUGGUAGGUGCGUCUGUGCGCAUGUUUGUGUUUCUGGUCGCAGCUGCUGGUGGUCAGGGUUAUGAUUGGCUGAAUGAAGGCAGAAUAAGCCCGAAACAGUGCUGUAUCAAUCUACCCGCAUUCUCUGUCGUCCCUCCUCGUUGCUAUUAUGACUUGGCCGACUUCGGCCUGGUAAUUGGUUGCCUGUUCGUGACCUUUGCCACACAUACGGAGCUUGUUUGCUUUGUGAAGCCAAUAGAUCGGUGUGCGCCCAUUCCUGAUUGAUAAAUACCCGAUCUGCAGCGACAGAGAAUGACAGGUGGCGAGGCACUGAUGAACUUCGGUUCGAUGAAGUGCUUAUGACCCAUCUGGUAGGCCUCAGUGGUGGACCGACUGCGCCAGGUGCGUCUGUGCGCAUGUUUGUGUUUCUGGUCGCAGCUGCUGGUGGUCAGGGUUAUGAUUGGCUGAAUGAAGGCAGAAUAAGCCCGAAACAGUGCUGUAUCAAUCUACCCGCAUUCUCUGUCGUCCCUCCUCGUUGAUAUAUAUAUAUAUAUAUAUAUAUAUAUGACGGGAGAAGGAAAGAUCGGAGUGGCAAGAGGAGACCUCUUUGGGCUAAGUGUCAAAGCAGUUCAGUAUUGGGAGAUGUCUGUUAUCGAGAAACGCGCUUGGCCAACGUCUGACUGUUGUGCAGGCGAGCUCUUUCUGACUACCACGCUGAGAGCUGUUCAACGCUUUCCUUAUGAAGUAGGAUAUCUGUCUGAUACCAAGCAGUGUACUUAACAACCUGAUCAUCGGCAAGUCUAGCGGGCAGUCGACUGGUGGCCUCAGAUUGCCAAUGUGAUGUGCGGGUUCAGAGGAACAGAUGAACGCGCAUGCGAACGAACGUAUUUAGUAGCAAAAUAGUCCAUCAGCAGUUAGGCUACGAUAAGAACGCGGCACUGUUAACCAUUGUGGUGUGGUAAAGCCUGCUAAGAGAUACGUGUUCUCAAUGUGCGCCCUGAUCUUUAAAAAGAAAGGUUCGCCGACAAAUACUUACAGAGGAAUGAAAGAAGGAAUAUGAGGGAGAAUUUGGAUAAGGUCUGGAUUAACAAAGAGGUCGUUUAGUCUGGCAUUCUCUCCUGCUGCUAGUACGAUAACUUGUCUCAGGCAGUCGCGGAAGCCCACAGACGUUGCUCGGCAUGGCUUAUAGGCCUAAAGCAGGGGAAGGGAGUAAUGGAAUGCUGCGGAGUCUAACCGUCGGAGUUUAAUGAGGGCAACAGGCACUAAAUAUUGCCCUGUCUGAUAGUCAACUCAUGAGCUGACAUUUGAAAGACGACGAAGACUCAGCGCUGCAUUACGUGUUGAAGUCUGAAGUUGGCGGAUAUUUUGUGAGGAGGUGUUGCGAGCGGAAUUUUCCUACUCGGACUCAAGUAAAAAAAAGAAAUGCGGUAUUCUGUCUGACCUAAAUCAAAGAGUGGAACUCUGUUUCUAACAAACAGACGUCUACCGUGCUAAAUUAUAAUGUGCUCAUGAUAGACAACGAUACGAGAAUUAAAGGAUGUAGGACUUUCAAAUCCUAGUAAAUACGUACUAAAAAGUGAGCAUUCACCGAUCGUUCUUACGGAACUCACUCGAUUCGUUGUGCCAUAUGGGCUCUAUCUCGAGCCCUACCAGCAGCCGCACAGCGGCGCAUGAUAGGGGCAGAAUGGCAUUACCGAUAAAUACAAGAGUGACUUAAAUGGCCGUUUCUCGCUUAUUAUCCGUCGUUAGCCGGUCAUACUCAACCCCGAAGCGUGCAACACCCUGGAGCUGGGUUCCGCAACCUGUUAGUUAGAAUUCCAACGCCUCUACCAACGUGUAACCGGUCCCUACCCAAUAUGGACAGUUGCGACAAACCGAUUGAAGACACUAACAAUAUUUUAAGGAUUCGGCAACCUUGUCUUCUUGUUCAUUGCAGUGCGUCUCAACACGCCGAUAUAGCGUUCUUACGUCAUUGCGUUUGUGGCUGAUUGAGUGGUUGCUGUUGGAGUUCAGUAUUUGCGUCGUGUUCGUCGCUUUUCUGAACACUUUGAUCUCUAGGCAACCACAAUCACUGCGAUAGACCAGGACAUCAAGAAAUGCCAGCUGGUUGUUUUCUUCCUCCUACAUCGUAAGUUCAUGUCCGCGAAGACGCUGUUAAGACAUUUUUUGAACGUUAGCACCUGAUCCCGUUCGAUGACGACGGAGGUAUCGUCCACAUACCGAGCCCAGAAUUUCGGUCUGUGGUAUUGUAAGACCAGCGAUUCUAACCCUUGCAGAACCGAAUCGGCGAUGAAUCCGGAAAUCGGCGAGCCCAUUAGUGUUCCCUUCACUUGCUCGUAGAUUGUUCCGUCAAACCUGAAGUACGUCCUGAGACGGAAAUUUAGGAGCUGAAGGACUUGGGCUGAGUCAUAGGCUGGCCAAUGUAAUUGACCACUCAGGGAGCGCGCAGGCCGGUGAGCCAGAUGACCAAGCAAUCAUCACGCCACCAUUCAACACGGGUGGUGAGAUUUCGGCAAUUUACAGCUUGCAGGCCGGCCGUCAAGCCAUAAGCGCACUAGCGGACAACGAUCCUUGAUGAAGGGGAGAGCGGUUACUUGCUAUAGGUAUGCGGUAGCAUAGCAACUACAUCCUACAAAUGCUGCAACUUCCUGUGCACGAGUCACCCUUUUUUGCCACUGUCUCUUAGGAUAGGUUCAAGUGAAAAUCCGAAAAUUCAGGCGAAUAAAUCCCUUGUUCCAGCGAUUGCUUCCUCUUCUGAUCACCUAGUACCUGGAACUCGCAUCUUCCCUUGUACCGGCAAUACAGUUAUUCGUGAAUGAUACUGAAGAGCAACGAUCACUGAAGAACUAUUUCUAAUGUUAUUCUACUUGUACUUGUCUGUUUUCAUGGACUAGAUUUCCAUAGAUCUAUAACCUUAGCUUAGCCACUUAGAGGGUAUUUGUCGUUUAUGAAAUCUUCCAAUUUUCCAUAUAAUUUUUUACUUCUAAAAACAUAACAAUUAUUUCAAUAUUUCUCUCACGUUUUGAAACCGCCUGAAGUCUUUCAUUAAUGUUUCGAAUCUUCGGUUCAUAAGUUUAUGUCUGCUCGCGAGUGAGCAAUAAUAUUUCGUAAAUGCCGGGCCUUUUCAUGAGAUUUUUCACAUAACAUAACUUAAGUACCGCCUCCAGUAAACAUAUGUCUCCCUGUAGCAUUUUACAUACGUCGAUUUUGAAUAGAUGUGGUUCAACCAGAGCAUUAAUUAUAGCCUACGCCUCUUGGUUGUCUAAAGGGCACUGAAGACUUUGUCACAUGUUCAAUUGCAGGCAACUUAAAACAUUUAUGCAUCAGACUGGCAAGUAUCUGAGGGUACAAUUAUUUUCCCUCCCGCCCUGCUGAAUGCCCAAUUACGACCGUCUCUGAGAAACGCAGGUGAUCUCAGGAAUCAUGAGCUCUCUUUCCUCGGGAAAUCGAAAGCGCAGUUCCGUUGAGAAGCCCCGAAACACUUUUGGCAGGGCUGGCUGUUGAGUCAGUUUCCUGGCGGGAUCCCUGAUGGGAUGUGUUGGUGUUGGGGAAGUUUCAUCUCCUACGUGCAGCAGGGUGAUUAGUAAUUAUGCAGUGCGCGUGGGGUUUUCGUUAGCCAAAAUCGUAGGAGCGUAGUCACGUGGGCCAUGGAUAGCCGGCAAAUCGGCGAAGCGACUACUGGCCAUGACUAGGCCUUCGCCUGUUUGCGUUCUCUCAGAGCCGACUCGUAAUCCACAAUUAUGUCAACACAUAUGAAAUAAUGGAAUAACGUUGUGUCAGGACUGGCCGUAAGAUUUCAGACUCAGGUCUGCACAAUUAGAAGCUUCAGUUGUCAAUACACAGCCCGAAUUGGCGAUCGUAGGCGAUUUUGACGAAAUCAGCGCAUUAAUUUAUGAAUACCCAAGGCCUUUACCCAUGGCUUCGAAUUAUUAUUUUGACAAUUGUAACACUUCUAACAAAGUUCUGACUUCCCUUCGUAUCUGCCUUAGAAAAUGCGUCCUUUUCGACUGAGUAUGGCAAACUCAAAGCCGGCACAAUGGCCUACGACUCUCUCACUUUGGUUGUCAACAGUCCAUAG